AUGGCCAGCUUAGCGAUCGCCGCUGGCUGUCUCGCUUUCUCUUUCUGGCUCUAUAUCUGGCUGAACGACCAUCGGGUGAAUAAGCUCCCCGACCCCAUUCGGUCCAUGUCGCUUCAGCACCUCACACCGCAAGAGGUCCGCGACGAACUUCGAACAGGAGGCUCCAAAGAAAGGGAGCUCGAAGUCCAAUUGCCUCCCAGCACUGGUCGAAAAUACAUUGUUGUCGGAGGAGGUGGCUUCUUGGGCGGGUGGAUUGUUGCCCACUUGCUGAGGCGAGGAGAAGAUCCAAAGCGCAUCCGAGUUGUAGACCUCGCUCCAAAGCCAACGCACCCUGCCGUGCUGGACGCAAUGGAGACUCGGGGUCUCCAAUACAUCACCGGUGAUAUCACAAGCGCCAAAUCCAUUGAGAGCGCCUUCUCCGCCUCGUGGAAGGACGGGGCCGAAGUCCAAGGCGCCGGAAUUACGGUAUUUAACACCGCUGCCUCAAUUCGGUUCUUUGAACGCCAUACCGCAUUCCUUUCUCGAUCGACACCGGUGAACGUUUUGGGUACUCGCAACGUGCUCAAUGCGUGCAGGACGGUUGGCGCGGAUGUGCUCAUCUACACUAGCUCUGCCGGUGUUGGAACCAAAUCCGUCAGCCUGCUGCAAUGGCCCUGGAAGACAUCCCCGCCGAAAGAUCUCUGUCAGUUCGUCAACGAAGACCCAGCGCGGGGGCCCAGGACUCUGGACGAAUACCCUUCCAAUUAUUCCAUUACCAAAGGCAUUGCCGAUAACCUCGUCCGCGACUUUGACAGGACCCCUCUCGACAAUGGGAAGAUGAUCAGAACGGGCUGCAUUCGUGCAGGGAAUGGAAUAUACGGCGUCUGCGGGUCAUUCGCUGAGGCCCACCUGUCCAGAUCUUGGACACCUCAGUGGUUGCACAACGUGGUUCACUCGUUUGUGCACGUCGAAAACUGUUCCCUAGCUCAUCUGCUUUACGAACGACGUCUACUCGACGUGAUGAAUCAGGCCGCUGUUCCCUCCGACGAUCCAGCAUCUGCUUCAAAACCUCUCUUACCCGACAUUGGCGGACAGGCAUUCUGCAUCACUGAUCCCGGUCCUCCAAUCUACUGGAACGACAUGUACACUAUCUUCGAAACUCUUACCGCCGGCCGAUGCUACUUCCCUUACGUCUCCCCAACUUUCGUCUUUCUAGUCGCCCACCUCAUCGAGCUCUAUUACCUCACCCACUACUUUGCCACUACCUCGUUCCCCGUUCUCAAGUCAUUCCUUCCCCCCAUUACCGGAGAGAUCUCCUAUCUUCAACCGGCAGCCUUGGGGUCGAGCAAUGUUCAUAUCAUUGUCGAUGAUUCGAAGGCAAGGAAGAGUCCUGAAGAGGGUGGACUGGGAUACAAGGGUGUUUGGACCACACGGGAAGGAUUUAGAAGAAUGUGGGAGCAGUACGAGAAGAUGGAUAGGAAGGCGUCCAAUUCACGGUGGAAUGGAAAAGUAACCGAGCUCGAGCCUGUCGGGUAUGGGACCAAACAUUAA